GGCUGUCGACCUAGACGCUACUUCCACGCAGCAGCCGUGUAGAAUUCUGUGAACUACUUUUGCUAUAGUUUGAUCAGCCAUAGACAUAUAUGCUUGCGUCGUGGCGAUCAUCAUGUCUUCCAGCUUUUCAUAGACCUUCGAGACUGGCCCAAUGCCACGAACUGUUCCGCUGCUUCUCCUCCUCGCCUUUUGCAAAAAUGGCAGCUCAAAAGUCUGUUCGUAUGGAAGACUAUCCUUGUGAUGUGAUACGCAAUUUCUCCAUAAUUGCUCACAUCGACCAUGGAAAGUCUACUCUGGCGGACCGGCUAUUGGAGAUGACAGGAACUUUGACGAAGUCAUUGAAGGCCUCUGAAUCUCAAUAUAUGGACAAACUGAAGGUUGAGCGAGAACGAGGCAUCACCGUCAAGGCGCAGACAGCAAGCAUGCUAUAUGACUAUAAUGGUCAGAAACAUCUCCUCAACCUUAUUGAUACUCCCGGGCACGUUGACUUCUCUUGGGAAGUUUCCCGCUCCAUGGCCGCAUGCGAGGGUGCUUUGCUACUCGUAGAUGCUACACAGGGCGUCCAAGCACAAUCGCUCUCCGUCUUUCACACCGCAAAGGAGCGCGGCCUCACAAUAAUACCGGUUCUAAACAAGAUUGACCUUCCUGCAGCUCAACCUGAUCGAAUAAAAGCUCAGAUGGAAUCUACAUUUGGGAUUGAUCCAGCGGACGUACUCGAAAUAUCAGCUAAGACUGGUCAAAAUUGUGCGAAUAUUCUAAGGGCCAUUGUCGAGCGUAUACCUCCACCCCAGGGCAGUACGAAAGAGAAGCUGAAGGCGUUCUUGUUUGACUCAUCUUACGACCGCUACCGAGGGGUCAUCUCUCUAGUCAGUGUUCAAAACGGCAUUCUUCGAAAGGGGGACAAGGUCGCCUCUAUCUACACUCGAAAAAAAUACGAGGUCAUCGACGUUGGCAUCAUGCACCCCGAGGAAGUACCGACAGGGCAGCUCUAUCCGGGCCAAGUGGGCUACAUUUCUUGUAACAUGAAGCAAUCAUCGGAAGCGCACAUCGGUGAUACUCUUCACCGAGUCGGCGAGCCAGUGGAUCCCAUGCCUGGCUUCAAGCCUGCCAAAGCAAUGGCAGGUAUUUUCCCCGUGGACACAAGCGACUUUAUCAAACUUGAAGAAUCCAUUAGACGGCUCACGCUCACCGAUCGCAGCGUCACAGUACAGCGGGAGUCAUCCACUGCGCUGGGCCAAGGUUGUCGUUUGGGAUUUCUUGGCACGUUGCAUAUGGAUGUUUUCCGUCAACGCCUUGAGGACGAAUACGACGCCAACAUUAUCAUCACUGCUCCCACUGUGCCGUAUAGAGUGGUCUACAAGGAUAGAACGGUGGAUGUCAGCAAUCCUACCGAUUUUCCGGAUGUCACCGACGCUUCCGCUGGCCUGCGAGAGAUACAGGAGCCCGUGGUCAAGGCUUCCAUCAUUGUCCCAGAAGAUUACCUCGGGGAGAUGAUGGAUCUAUGCUUCUCCCACCGUGCAGAAGAUCUGGAUCAUCGCUACCUUGAGACUUCGGGUACAUCCUCUUCGCGGGCCAUGGUGACGUGUACUAUUCCUCUUUCCGAGGUAGUGACAGACUUCUUCGAUAAACUUAAGAGCCGCAGCUCUGGGUUCGCAAGUUUUGACUAUGAAGAUGCCGGAUACAAGGCCAGCAAUCUUGUCAAGAUGGUCUUUCUUCUCAACGGCAAGCCGGUAGACGCACUCGCACUGGUUGUUCACCGCUCUGUAGAACAGGAGGUGGGUAGGUUGUGGGUUAAAAAGCUGCACAAAGUGAUUCCGCGACAGCUGUUCGAGGUCCCUAUCCAGGCCGCGGUCGGGAAGAAGGUCGUGGCUCGUGAGACGCUUUCGGCUGUCCGCGCGGACGUUACUGCUGGGCUAUAUGGAGGCCAUUACGAGCGGAAGAUGAAGCACCUGGAGAACCAGAAGGAAUCAAAACGCAAGAUGAAACGAAUCGGAAACGUCGACCUGCCACAAGAGGCUUUCUUCGAUAUCCUCAGAACGAAGACUAAUUCGUGAUACAUUCGGAUUGUCCAUUGCUGCAUUCGCAUCUUCCUAGAUACACUCGCACAUGCUUAUCUGCAUACAUAUUUAAGUUACAGCUACCUUGCUUAUAUCAAUAAUGGUAGACAAG